GUGCGCCCUGACCUGUCAUAUCGCACUCUCCAAAGUAGUGAGUGAGCGUACCUCAGUCGAUGACCCUCCAUCUCGAAAUGUCUACCCAAUCUCUUUUGCCAGAUUGCAGAUCGAUUCUCGCGGAUAUCCCGAGAGCCGCUCGAAUGCUCACCUCCAUGCCGCUUACUAUCCCCUAGAACGACGAGGUGGACCGACUGCUCCGGGACUUCUCUCCUGUGCUAGCGUUUGCCUGCCGGAGAGAGAGAAGGAUAGAGGCGUGUACACUUGGGCUGAUGCCGUGUGCAGGGCACGCCUUACCACCACCACGCCAAGCGACGUGCUCCAUCGUUUACAAGUCCUAGUUUCCCAAUCCCGUCGCACGUGCAGAACAGGGUCCUCCUCUCGCCGCAGUCGCAGACUCAUGGUUGUCAAGGGUUCAGGAGCCAGACCAGCCCCAAUCAGACUGACAGCAAGAAGCCUGAGAGAGAUGGAUGCUAUUGCUUUCGGCUUCCCUGGGCCGAAUGACGGGUAUCCAGGUAGACAUCUCGAUGCGAGUCGACGGAUUUGGGCAAAAGGGGAAUGAUACAACGUGAGGACCUUGGAUGCGUGCUUACUUGACAUUGUCUGACGGCAGGAGAGUCUACCCCGGUCCGGUUUUCAAGAUGGCAAUGUUCGUCUAUAAAAGACUCGAAUCUUAACCCCCUCUGCGAUGUGAGGUUCUUCUUGGUAAUUCAGAACUCGCUCGCUCGCAUAGACGGAAGCAGAAACUACAGGAACAGGAACAGAUACCGAGACGGAGACAGACAAAGAAGUAUCAAAGCGACACACACAAUGGCUAGGCCUCAUCCCUUUACUACUCACGAACACGGAAGCACCAGACACAAAUCCAUUAUCGUCGUCGGUGGCGGCGUUUUUGGCUUGUCGACAGUCCUCUGGCUGUUGAAAAGCAAACCUGACAGUACCGUCGUCCUUGUUGACCCAACCGAACUCUCCAACCCCAAGGCAGCCUCCCACGACAUCUCCAAGAUCCUGAGAGAUGACUACCCAAACCUGCUAUACGCACCCUUGGCCAUCGAAGCCAUGGAUAACUGGAGAACGGACGCUCUCUUCAAGAGCUUCUACCACGAGGUCGGCGUACUUCGUGCGGACCCCGGCGGACACAACGACAAGGCCCUGGCCACUCAUCACCACCUCGGGCACAACUCCGGCGCCAGCUGGUUGAAAUCCGACGACGUGCAGGCCAAAUGGCCUGGCUUUGGCACGGCCGACUUUCAGGGGCUCGAUCGGGUGAGGUACAACCCCCGCUGCGGCUGGGUUGACGCCGCCGACUCCCUCGAAACUGUCCGCCAACACGUCAUAAAUGCCGGCGCGAAGCUUGUCGUCGGCGAGGUCGGUACCUUGUUGUUCGACAACAAUGGCGACUGCACGGGCGUCAGACUGGAAAAAGGCGGUGGCGUCCUGAACGGCACCGUCGUGCUCUGCACGGGUGCUCGCACCUCUGCCCUGCUCGCCGAGAGCGCUCCUGAGCGGAAGGAACUCCACGCUGCUCACAGGCUGGUGGCCACCGGUGCCGUAAGCUUUACCAUCAAGGCCCACGGGGAACAGAGGAAGAGGUUCGAGGGCAUCCCGGUGCUCAAGAACUGCCUGUCCUCGGUCAAAGGCGAGUCCAUGUCGAUGACUGCGGACGGCACGCUUAAGUUCAACUGUGACAUGGCCUUCACACACAAGCAGCUUCAUGUCCCCUCUGGCACCGUCAUGUCUCUAGCACCUUCGGAUAGCCACCUCACCGAGUGGACCGCCGAGGAGCACAUCCCUCGUCAUUUGAAGAAUAGGGCUUACAAAACCCUCAGAGGUCUGUACGGAGACGAGAUGAAGAACAGGGUAAUUGAAAAAUACCGGAUCUGCUGGGACACGACGACGCCCCGGCACGACUUCCUCAUCACCCACCACCCCCGAUGCAAGAACCUCUUCAUCGCGACCGGCGGCUCCUUCCACGCCUGGAAGUUCUUCCCGGUCAUCGGCAAGUACGUUGGCCAGAUGCUGCGCGGCGAGCUGGACCCCGAGUACGCCGAGACGUGGGGCUGGGACCGCGACGCGGGUGGCCAGGUGGCGAACUCGACAUACGACAUCGAGGGCGACCUAGGCGAAUGGAUCAAGGAGGAUGAGAGGAAGCAGUAAGUAGUGCGUGAGUCGGGGCGUGAAUCAUGAUGAGAGCGUUCGGGGCUGUUGAGAAAGGUUGAAUUCCAGCCAAGAAUGACGAGCACGGGGGACGAAUAUUCGCUAUCGGCUUUUUUCUUGAAAUGAAUUGCACAUCUCGGGCAGAGAGCGUCUGUAUUCUGCAUACCGCAUUAGGAUGGGAGACGGGAUACGUUUUAAUGGCCCAUCGUUCGUGUUGUUCAACCGACACGAAUUCGACAGGGGGCUCAAGAUUGAACAACGAAUGAGAAAAGGGACGAGACACACGAUCUUUCCGAGACGCGGAGGGAAGGGGGGGGGGAGAUUUGUCAAGAAAAAGCCGUUUUUCUCAUUAUUUUGCUGUUGGUAGUUGAUGCCGAAAAAGAAAAAGACCCAAGCGCCGAAGACUCUUCUUUUCUUUUUGACUGACCCGCGUUCGAUCGAUAUCCAUGGAUAUAAGUAUGUAUAUACUGACAUUCGAUGUCGUUUUACGCUUCCCAACCCACACCGAACCGGCCCCUCCCCAUCAUGUUGCUACUCGGCGGCUCGCUCGGUUUCGGUGAGCCGAGGCGGUCUCCCGACUGACCUGCUUCCCCGCCGUGUGCCACGCGUGCGCGCAGCAAACCUGACCACGUCCUCUCCAGAGUCGCCCGAUCACACUCACUCAGUCACACACUCUCACGCCGUACAGAUUCUCUCUCUCUCUCUCUCUCUCUCUCUCUCUCUCUCUCUC